CAAGAAAUUGAAGCAGGCAGUGUCUUCUUGGAAAGUCAGGUGCAGUGUGUGACCAAUACAAAACGAAAAGUAUCUACCAUGGCAAGAAAGGCUACGAAGUUUUACGAGUUCUCGUCCAAACUGCUGACGGGAGAAACGUUUAAUUUAUCUUCACUCAAGGGCAAAGUUGUCCUCAUUGAGAAUGUCGCUUCUCUCUGAGGUACGACCACCAGGGAUUACACCCAGAUGAACGAGCUCCAGGAGCGGUACGCCGCGAAGGGGCUCGUGAUUCUGGGAGUGCCCUGCAACCAGUUCGGCCAUCAGGAGAACUGCAAGAAUGAUGAAAUCCUUGUGUCCCUGAAGUAUCUCCGUCCUGGAAAGGGUUUUGAGCCCAAGUUUCAGCUCCUGGAGAAAGUGGAUGUGAACGGGAAAGACGCCCACCCCCUGUUUGUGUUCCUGAGGGAGAUGCUCCCCACCCCCAGCGACGACCCCUCCUCCCUCAUGACUGACCCCAAGCUGAUCAUGUGGAGCCCAGUAUGCAGGAACGACGUGGCCUGGAACUUCGAGAAGUUCCUCAUCGGGUCGGAUGGAGUGCCCUUCAAGCGCUACAGCAGGAUGUUCCUCACCAGCGACAUUGAGGGAGACAUCAAGAAGCUCCUCAGCCAGGCCAACUAAAGAAGCCGUCCUCAAAAAUGCUGUCCGCCCUACAGCUUGCACCUGCACAAUGUGUGUGACCUUCACGUCACCUUUGUUAUUCCCUCCAUAGCUUCUGUAGAUGGUGUACGGCACUUAUCCAGACCACCUGUGCUCUCUUAUACGCGGUGAUGGCUGUGUUCUGUUCUUUUACUACAUGAAGGCAUCCUCUGAAACCAACUCGUUGUGAGGGGGGUACCUGAUGAAAUGUAAAAGGCUGAAUGUUUGCAGCUGCACUGUGUGCAUGUAUAGCAUAGCUGUGUUUCGGGACCAAUAAAUGUAUUUUUUCAAACGUU